AGAAAUGCGUCCAUGCAUAACGUCGUUUUGGUAGUUUAUAGAUUGAUUGUUUGCUUGCAUUAAAUUUUAUGAUUUUAGAUCGAAUAUACCUACAGAGGUUUUUGGCCGGAAUUACUAGAAUAUUGAUCCUACAUAAUAUCUGCGUAAAUGAAUAAUUACUAAUAGUUAAUGACAACAGAUUUUAACCGAAAGUGGAUAGUUAAAAUACGUGUGUUUUCUCUAUUAGGUUAGAGAGUAAUUCAAGUACUUCUCGUAUUUGACCGAUCUACAUGCUUUCUCAGUGUGACUUAACAUCUGAGUUAAACUACUACAGAAUGUAAUGAAACGUGUCUCUAUAGGAGUUUUCUAGUGGACGUGUAAACAGGCGUCAUAUUUUAGUCGUAAUGGAUAUAUUCAGUCUAAGCAUCAUGAAUCAGGAAGAAACUGAUAUUGAAGAAAUAAGACGUGAAAACGUGGAACUCUUGACGGAGAUAUCCCAACUAUGUAGCAGGAAGGACAGGACCAGGGUGGAGAAUAUAUUUCUUCUUGGGAAAAUUGGUGCUGGUAAAAGUGCUCUUGUAAACACAGUAAUCAGAGCCAUUGCUGGAAAGAAUAUACCAAAGGCUAAAGUUGGACAAGGGAGAACACAGUCAAAGACUUUUACUUUAGAGAGGUUUGAAAGUUGUGGUGUGACGGAAGAAGAUAUUACUGAUGAAACCCAGAGGGACCUUGUACUAGGGAUGUUAAAUCGUUUGCCCACCAUUCUUGAUGCGGCUGGAAGAGGUGACAAUGACACAAGCGAAUCUUUGAUGGAAAUUCUGGAACUUUGUAUUGGAGGCUACAUUCCACCUGGUACAAGCAUAGAGGCUGUGGAAGCACUACAAGAAAAAUACGGUGUAGGUGCUUUAAAGGAUACGGUCUUCACAAAGUCGCAAGACGACCGGAAGGUUACAAAGGUUGUAUAUGUUCAGAGCGGUCGGGAAAAAGUAUCAGAGGAUUUGGUGAAUUGUCUUCAAAAAGUACUGAGAAAAACCGACCCCGAAACACUCCAGCCAUUAUAUACCGGUGAGAUUUAUGUCGUGAUUACAAAAUACGAUUUGGUUAAGCACGAUUGUUCUUCCGACGAUGAGAAUGAACAUGUUACCUUAGAAGCAUUUGAGAGAGAGGAAAAGAACGUUGCUGACUUGUUUAAUAUCCAAGGUGCACUUAAGGAUAACAUGAUACGCUGGGUUAGUUAUACAGAUACGGUUGACACCGACGACCCAAAAAUAGACAACACCGCACUAAAGUUCAUUAAACGCAUGGUCACGCCGGGAAACCGUCAGCGAAAUGGUGCGGUCGUGAAACCCGUGAUAACUCGCUUUACCGAAAUGAAGCUAGAGGCAAGGAGAUGGUGGAGAAAUCAAAACUUCACAUUGCCAUUAAUACUUUUGAUAAUUAUUGGGCUUCUUUUGGCGAUCGUGAUGUACAUGUGUUUAACAGCAACCCCAACAAACUGACAACAUAUUGACUGGUCAUCGGCAGAUAUUAACGUUUUGUCUAUAAGUAUUCUGUUCAAGGAGGUAGUUUACCUUAAAAUUUGUAUGUACGCAUGCCUAACCGGAAGCUAACGUUAGGAUUUACGACAACUUUUACGACUACCUAAAUGUAUUUGUAUAUUCAUUCUUCUAUAACAAGUUCAUUAACUUUUCUACGACAUGGUGUUCAACGGUUUAACAAGUCAAAUGGUUUAUCGCGGCCAGAAAUUUGUAGGAACCGGACAGAAGUUGCGAAAUUGUCAUUUGUGCAGGAAAGUAGCGUUUACCAUAAUGUCCAGUACUGGACAGGUAUAGUGACCAUGCACGGACACAGCCAAUUUUCUCAGAGGGGGUACGAUCCCCUGCCCCCCCCCACCCCCUGGAAAUUUUGAAAUUUAGCACUUCAUUUGAAGGUAAAAUUCUUAGUUUCUUUAAGAUAAAUAAUAUGAAUUAUGUCGGGGUCGUAUGUAGCAGCAGCCGCAUAUACUUUACAUGCAGUCCUAAUGUUGCCUUUUUCGAAAAACAUUUUCUUUCCUUCUUGUCUUCUUUCCUUUGUUAAAGAUUUUCCAGAGGGGGUCCGGACCCCCGGUCCCCCCCCCCCUUCUGGAUCCGCGCAUGGUGACAUAUCAUGCUUUCUGUUUAUGCAGGUAAACUUGUGUUUGGUUAAAUUUCAACAGAGCACAAUUGUCUGAACAGUGUCAAACUCAUUACUGUUUUUUCAGACAAGGGUGGAAAAAAAGUGGUAGACAAUGAAAGCAGUAACAGUUUUAUCAAAAAAAUAAACAAUGAGACAAACAUUUCCAACAUCUUUGGACGGUUCAAAAAUCCCAUGUUAAACAUACGAUAAAGCCCGAAACGCGUGAAAAUGUUCCGAAUGUAAAUCGGGUGAAGUACGCGCUCUAUGUAUAAAAUUAGAUUGUGCGUCUAGAUUGAUUAAACUGGGCGAGUCUACUUACUUAUUACUUGAGGAUGAAAAAAAAAAGCGUAUUUUUUAAAUGUUGCUCUUAAACAAGGGUGGCGGUUGAACUACUAAAAGUACAACAACAGUUAAUUCACAACAAAUCGUACGGUAUGUUUUAUAAUCAGUAGAAGCUAGUCGUAUUUACGCUUAUGAGACCUGUUUCACCCAUAAGUAAAGAAUUCACAGGUCCAUCAUGAAAUAUUUUCCCCAGCGCGUAUAUACUUGUCCUAUUCAAAAUGAUCGCGGCCUCAUCGGCCGCGAUGAAUAAUGCUAAAAUUAUGUUAAUAUAUUUGUAUGUCACAAGAAACUGUAUAUGUUUACGUUACAAUGUAGUAAAUCAUUUGAACUGCA